AUGCAGCCGCUCCAGUUUACCUUCAGGGACAGCUUCCUGAAGAGUUUGAAGAUGCUGCAGCACGAGAUCAAACAGACACAGCAGGACCUCGUCGUCGAAUUGCAAGUAGAGACAAAGCCGACCAAGUUUGUUGACCUGAGUCCCACUGGCUCGGAGCUGGCUCUGCAAAGGGUGGCCAUCAGGAACAAGUCAAAGAGCGGCCUUCUCAAAGACCAGACUUCUGCGGCUGUGCCCCCUGACCAUGGCUCCAGCUAUGAGCAGGCGAAGGCCUGGAUGGAGAGCGAGGCCGGUCAGGAGAUGCUCAGCAAGGCUCGCGAGAGAACUCCGAAUGCCAUGGAGGUAGAUGUGGAGCUUUGUGCGCCGCGACUACACUUCAAGGUGCGUGAGAAGGCGUCAGUGGAGGUGUCCUUCGGCACGCUGAAGCUGAAGACCACAGGCGAAGAUCACGAUAUUGACGAGCUGGACAAGGUUGAGAUCGAGAUGACUUUACAAAAUACUCAGCUGUCUGUCCGAAAUCGAGCCGGGUCGGAGCAUGUCAUCCUCUCGCCUGUGAUGCUCUCUACGACGUUGUUCUACUCGCCGAAGGUGGCGCAAGUCUGCGUCGUUUUGGGCCCGGUGAGGAUCAAUGCCUCUCCUGUAAUGCUGCAGAUCCUGGCCACCGUGCCGAAGGUGCUGCAGGAUGCCCUGGCCGAUCCAGUCGACCCAGAUGCACUGGAGUCUGUGGAGUUCCCAACAUCUCUUCAGCAGGUCAAGCCGACUCUCGAAGAAGCCCAACUUGUCAAGGCCUCAGCGAGGAGCGCGGUCGCGGUGUCCCAGCAGUCGGUGAAGAAGUUGAAAGAAAAGACCGAGGCGAAGGCAGCACCGAGGCAGACCUGGCAGUUCGUUCUGGACAUGGAGCACGUUGAGGUCGAGCUCCGAAGUGACGCAGAUCCCAAUGCGCCUGUGCUUCGUCUGAACGGUUGCCUGCAGGCAGUGGAAGUGCGCAUGGAGGACGACAAGGUGACCAUCCCCUUGGAGACCUCAGUGAUGGCGGAUCCAGGCGAUGACCCAGGUCUGGGCCAGAACUGCCAGAAGCGCAAACAAAUGCUCCGCCUGAGCGUGGAUGGCUACAACAUGGAGGUUGGACGCUUCGAGCCUGCGCUCGAGUCCUUCGAACUGGCCUGCCAAGUUACCAAAGAAGAAUUGACAGGUUUGCACGUUCAUCUAAUCGGGCGGAAACCUCUGCUGGUCAAUAUCAACCCAGUAUUCCUGCGUCGGCUCACGUGGUACGGCAAACGUUUGGCGGACUCUUUGGUUCCCAUGCCCGAGAACCCUGGACCAACUCCAGUGCGCUACGCUUUGCUGAACUUGACAGCGGUGAAGAUGAGGCUACGGAUGAAGCUGAAAAGUGGCGAGGUGGCCUUUAUGGAUGUAGCUCCUACUGGUGAUGCCUGGAGAUCAUUGGACCAUCUGGAAGUGGAGUUUCCCCCGCUCAUCCACAUUUCCGUCGCAACUCCUGGCCCAACCCUGAGGAACACGGCGACCGCGAGCCAUGCUACGGUCGAUCUUGGUCUGCUCAAUUCUGCGAGGAUCCCGAACACGCCGUACAUGGUUCAGCUGCUGCGACCGAGCGUGGAGGGUGCCCUGAUUCUGAUCUCUACGCCGGUCCGUAUCUUCAAUGAUACAACAGUUAACUUGGGAUUGCGCUCCGGCAAUCAGCAUGCGUUGUGGACGAGCUGCGCUGAGAGGAAGUUGCUGUUCGAUCAGCUGCUUCAAGAUCGUGAUCAAAAGAUGAAAGAAACUGUACACCCAGGUGCUGUUCCCUGCUGGCUGAUGCCGCGAGGCUUCGUAAGCGCACCCCUGGUGCCGCCUACGAAGCCGGAGAGUGAGUCGGAGGAUGAGUCGGACGAAGACGAGCUUAGGGAAGAGGACAUGAAUUGGGAGAUGCGCCUGACUUCGGCUUCGAGCGCGUGGAAAAGGGCCAAGUUGACGCAUGCUUGCAAGUUCUCCAGCAUCCAGCUCGGGUCCGAGAGCGAGAAAUUUUCUGUCCUCGCUGUGUGCGACUACGAAGUCUCGGCCCCCCCAGCUGCAGUGAACAUGCUCAAUGUGCGGCUCUUGCCUCCUCUGCAGCUGGUGUCUUGCAUGCCCUGUGAUGUGGAAGUCUCUUAUGCGCUCCAGUCUCCUUGGGAGAAGACAGACAAGAAGCACGAGUCGAUCACGCGACUCCUUGAGCAGACAGGAACCAUGCCCAUCUAUGACGUGGACUUCCCCGGUACAGUGUACAUUCGAGCCCGUCUGGUGCCACACGGUGAAUGGUCGACCUGGGCAGAACUGCUGCUCGAGGAUGAGGACAUUGGGGAGGAAGAUCGGCUCCUGAGCCGCCUCGAGGGAGAGAUGACGGUCGAGUCCGAGCAUCACGCGGACUUCACAAUGUCCAUCCUGGAUAAGGGCAAUGGCAAGGUGAUGCUGUGCUGCCAGACGUGGCUGAUCGACAGGUGUCACUUGGAUAUGAGCGUCACUGCUGACAAGAAGCCUUUGGUAGAUGCUGGAGAGGGCCUCCACUUGUGUGGAUCACUUGGAACGAAGUACUGCUUGGAGCGGGACGGCAAGUUUGGCCCAAAUUUUACACUUCCGGCAGGCCUCGCAGACUGGACCGUGACAUCUGCGCCGACAGGGCGAAUGAUGUGCAUCCGUUCGACAGCGCUUGAAGGGCAGGAGGACAACUUGGUCCGAGUUCUCGAGCUGCUGCCGCGUUACGUGGUGGUGAACGAGCUGCCCUUCGAGGUGGAGUUUAGGGCUGGCACAUUCGAUGUCAUUGUGGAUGCUCGCAAGACCCUCAUGCCUCGGUUCACGGUCGAAAGCCUGCAGUUCCGCAUCAGAGAAAGGACAUCGACCUGGUCCUCAGAGAUUCCUGUAACGGAGAACUCAGCAGGCGGCUAUAGCAUCCUGCUUGGAGAAGAGUGUUACAUCGUGGAGAUCCGGUCAGACCAUGGUGUCAUGUACUUCAUCGUCCGGGAGGGCAGUAUGUUCCGACUCUCGAACAGCAUUCCUCGUCAAGUUUGCGAGAUUCACGUGCGCAACAUGAUCUUCCGCGCCCACCCUGGCGAAGCUUGUUUCUUCGCUUGGCUGGAUCCCUUUGAUAAGGACAAGGAGCUCGAAGUGGAACUGGUUAUCGGGGACGAUGACUUCAAGGUGGAUCCUCGAACAGCUUACCGAAAGAAGCUUCGUGGUGGCCUGGAACUUUACAGCACUUUCGACAAGGACCACACGAACUUGGAAGUGAGGAUGCGGAGCGAGACGGAGAGUACGGCGAAAACUGUGCUGGAUGUGAUCCUGCCGCGGAUUGGCAUGUCAUUGGUCGGCCGCGUGCAGAGCAGGGUCACGUGUGCUGAGCUGGUCUACAUGGAAAUGGCGCUACUGUCCAUCUCAGCUGUCAUGAAUCCAAAGGAGGACACGCAGACCCUAAACAUCUCGCUUGGUGACGUGCAGGUGGAUUACCAGAUGCCCGAGGACAAGGACCAGCAUGCUGUGAUCCUUGGCAACGCAGGGGUCUCGGGCCAUCACCUCGUCCGGCCCGUGCUACAACUACAUGUGGAACGCGGCCAGAGUUCUUCCUCCGACAUACACCUGUGCAAACUCGUGGCACGUCUCGAUCAUCUGGAGGUCUCUGUCAGCGAUUCGCUCAUCACGGCCAUGAGUGACUUCAUGGAGCGCUUGCAGCCCAGCAUCACCAGCAUGACUGCGGCCGGCUUCGAGAGAAAACAUGUCGCAGCUGUACGGGAGAAGGCAGCCAUUGUGUUCGAAGGAAAGGAUCCUGCACAAAUUCCAAGAGACACCAUUAUACAGAUUGACCAGCUGUUCAUUGCAGAAGUGCAGAUGAAAAUGUGGGUCUCUGUGAGACUGAAACGACUCCGGAAUUAUCUUCCGAGCUGGGUUCGAGCGGUCAUAGGCAGUCUCUCGCUGUCCAAGAGCUUCUCCAUGGAGGGGGCCAAUGUAUCGUUGUCGUCGAAGUUUCUGGAGGGCCUCCGUGGCAAGCCGGGGGAUCUGGCAUCAAGCUUUGCGCACGAGUGGAUGGGCAACAUGAUCCGAGCAGUCUGCUCUGCGCUAGGCCAUUCAUCUCUGAUGGCAAUUCCCAAAGCGCCGAUUGCACUCAUGGGGUCUGCUGGGAAUCUUGCUUCGAGCAAACUCGGAGGUGCCAUGAAUAACACCGGUGCAUUCUUUGACAGCAUGACCUUUGACGAUGAUUAUGCGUCGCGCCACAACAGGCAUCGGCAGGCAGAGAUCGAAGGCGCCAGCCAGGGAAUGGCUUCCGCCGUGAACAGUCUCGGAGAAGGCCUCAGUGGCCUCUUGGACAUCUUCCGGAAGCCACUCGAGGGCGCCAGAAACCACGGCGUUGGCGGCUUCGUCACAGGAAUCGGGAAGGGAUUGACAAGCUCUGUGAUCAAGAGCGUCAAUGGUGUGGCAGACGCAGCAGCCGACCUGGGCCGUGGGGUGAUGGCGGAGGCUAGCAAGAAGAUCAAGCCCCAACACGGCACUACGCUGCGAGUGCGCCACCCUCGCGCCCUUUACGGCCCGAUUGGUGCAAUCAUGGACUUCUCAGAGCUAGACAGCCACGUUAUGGCGCACCUACAAAAGUCCGGCGAAAUCAGCGAACCUGUGGAGGCCAUUGUCCCGCUCUUCAGGUGGCAGCCGCAACAAUUGCAAGAGGAGGACUCCAGCGAGGAGGAGGAGAGACCAGCUCCGGUCGAGAGUGUCGAGGUCAUGGUCCUGGCACGGAAGUCCUUUUGGAUCGCUGAAGUGCCUCUUACGAGGAUUACUCCGGUGCGGUCCUUCUAUCCAGAUGCUGGGCGCAGUUAUGGUCGGCCAGAUGAGGUGAAAAGCUUGUUGGUGUCACGCCUCGUGCCUCUGGCCCGGGUACAGCCCGACCCAAAUGCUGGCAGUUUCCAGAUCCACAAGCAGUUCCCGAUUUCUGCGCUGAAAUCUGUAAAGUGGGCACAGCGGCAGAAUGGGGCCCGUCCGGAUCUGCUGCUGGAGUGCAUGUCGCAAGUUUAUUCCAUCAAGAUGCCGUGGACUUUGGGCAGCGAGCUCCCGAAAACCAUCCUCAAAGCCUUGGCGGAUGCCAUCCAUGUUGGGAAAAUUCAGGUUGAAGAAAUUUCCGAUGUUCAAACGGAGCUGCUUGGCGGGUACAACACCAUGAGGCAUCUUUGCGGCAGGGUCACACCAGGAUGCACCGACGGCAGUGCCCGUCUCUGUCCAGUCGUGUCUGUGGGCCGUGGGACACCUUAA